AUGAAGGCAUCGGUUGUCGAACGGUUUAAUCGUACGCUGAAAAAGGACAUGUGGAAGAAGUUAACACUCAACGGCAAUUACAAGUGGGUUGACCUGUUACCGGAUCUCGUGUCAAAUUACAAUUCUCGGAAACACCGAACGAUCGGUGUGCGACCCGUCGACGUAACCCUUGCUGUGGCUGAAAAACUCUUGAAUAUGGUGUACAGCUCGAUAAAGAUUGCUGGUCGAGCGAAGUUUAAAGUCGAGGUCUAUUGCGAAACAUCUAUAGCUGGAGCGUUCUACGAGCACGAGUUGCAUCGUGCGACUCACCCGAACGUGUAUCUCGUGGAGAAAGUAUUGCGCGACAAGGUUUACGUCAAGUGGUUAGGAUUCGAUGGAUCACAUAAUUCGUGGAUUCACAAAGACAAUGUCAUAUAA